GGAAGCGCUAGACGUCACACAACGCGUCAUACGUUCCUGUCAUUCGGUUUCUAGCAUUGUUGACUUAAAACAUGUGCCUUUUGGAUUUAUUGAAUUAAAGCAGCUGUGUCACGUUAACUUGAGAAAAAAAUACUCCCGAACUCCAACUUCUCGGCGGCAGCAGGUCCAUGUAAGAGAAGAUAUCAACAAGGAAAUGCUAAGGUUGACUGUCAUGGGCCUGCUAGUGAACUGGUUGCAAAGAUUAGCCGCAGAAAGUUUUUGUCAUCUGGAGUUUAAGGAGGAGAAAUGGAUGAUGUGAUCUGCCUCAGCUCUGGCGAAUCUGAUGUGGAAAUCGUCGAGUCGUCGACGGAGACUGAGCCGCUGCUCCUCACGUCUUUACGGGUUGACGUCGAUGCUGCGAGCGUCCGUUUCCCACCGUGUUUUAUUCACCACCCAGAUUCAAGAAGGACUUCUCCUCAUGUGAAAAUACAUAAAAAAACUCAAACAUCAGAAUGGUCAUCAUGCCACUCAUCCUCCACAAGACUGAACCCCUCUGACCUUAAACCAGUGCCACACAAAUGCCCUGUAUCCCAUGACCUCAAGAGCCAAGUCCAUCGAACACCCACAUCCAGAGAUAAACCAGCUGAAAACAUAUUUGACUGUGAGUUGGAUACGUUAAAGGGUGAAAGGGCCUCAAAAAGUCCUGGCUUAUCAUGCUGCAGCGUCCGUGGUCAAUCUCCUACAAUAGUGUUGAACAGUGAGAACAGGGAUGAGGCAUAUUGUGAGUUUAUAGAAAUGAACAGUCCACCAUCUUCGGUCUGGCAUGAUGAGAAUGAUGAUGGUAAUGAAGGGAGCAGAUUUGAUUUGGACUUCAGGGCAGCCAGUCAAGAGGACAGACAUUUUGUGUGCCCUGUUACACUGAGGAAAAUAAUGUCUGGACCAUGCCGAGCUCUGACUGGUGUGGAAGACGACAGUUUUGGACCUCCUCAAGUGUUGUGUCGUCAAAACCUGAGCUUGGUUUACAUUGCUAUGGAAGAAAACUACCCAGAAGGCACUUUGCAGCUCUUGUCUGAUCUCCUCCAGCCUGGUUAUUAUCCACCUAGAGAUAUCACGACCCAUCUCCUACACAACAUUCUGCUCAACCCACAGUAUCCCCAUCAACUGUGCGUGCAAGCAUUCAACUUGUUGAUGAGGACACAGAGACACCACAUGGCUGAUAAAAACACAGUUCCAUGGGACUGGGAGAUGGUGACCACAGUCAUGGCCAAUCAGGACUCCACAAAGAGACGUCGGUGGGAAGUCGUGCGCAUGUUUCUGGACUACGUUGUACAAACAUUGGAGGAUGACUUUCAUGCCAAACUCUCAAUGUCUGCUCUCCCUCAGUCAAUGACCAAAUGUGUAUUGUCAUGUGAUCAGCAGUUUCCUCAAGUCAGGAAUGUCACCAAGUGGCUUUUUUCUGCUAUUAUGAAUUCUGUGAAGUUUGGAGAAAGUAAAGAAACAACCCAAGAGAGAGAUGAACAAACCAGAAUGGUGUCCAUCUUUCAGAGGAUGCUGUCUCUGGCUGUGGAGGUUGACUGCUCUCCAACUCUAAGCUCUUUGAAGCUGUCUCAGGAGCUCUUCCAUGUGGUCAUCAGCAAUGUGCCUUUGCGGGCCUACAGGAUGUUGUUGCUGGAGAGUCUGCAGGUCAACCAGCUGAGAAGUAAGCUGCUGGAACUACUGUUGGACUAUUCAUGCCCACAGAAAAUUUUUCUGCCCAUGUCACUUAGUCUGCUGCUUCACUUUAUGAAGAACUGCACUCUGGCACCAGAUCCGGUGGAUGGUACUGAAAGGUGGCAAAGGUGGGAAGAGUUGGUCCAUCUUCUGUGGAUGUUGCUACUCAGCUACAACAAAGCAAUGAGAGGCUACCUGUGCGGCUCAGUCAGUGAACAAAGAGGUAGUCGUGACAAGAUGGUCUACAGGCCACAUGAUAAGGUAUCCAAGUCAGCCAUUCAUGAAGCUGUAAAUGCCUUCCAGUCCAGAUCCCAGGCUGACAUUGGUAAUUCGUUACCUCCCCAUGUGGAGGAAUCCCUCACCUAUCUACAGGAUCACCUGCUAGAUAUCUGUCAGUGCUGAAUAUAAAAAUCUAACAUGUAUGUGCAUUUUCUCUUGGAAGACCUAUAAAGCAUUGAAUUGUUUGUUUUUGUGUUGUUCGUUUAUUAUUUAAUUAUAUU